GGGGGGGGGAGGGGGGCGCCAUGCGUCCCGCUUUGCGGUGUGUUUUGCUGUGGCAGGCCGUGGGCCUCCUCCUGCCGGGCGGCCAGGGGCGCCCGGAGGACGUGGAGAUCGAAGUGGUCCAUCUGCCCCGGGACUGCGCCAAGACAAGCAAGAAGGGGGACCUGCUCAACGCCCACUACGACGGUUACCUGGCCCGGGACGGCUCCAGAUUCUACUGCAGCCGGACCCAAAAUGAAGGCCACCCAAAAUGGUUUGUUCUUGGAGUUGGACAAGUAAUUAAAGGGUUAGACAUUGCUAUGAUGGGCAUGUGUCCUGGAGAGAAACGGAAAGUGACAAUCCCCCCAUCACUUGCAUAUGGAAGUGAAGGAUAUGCCCAAGGCAAGAUUCCACCCAACGCCACGUUGAUCUUUGAUAUCGAACUCUAUGCUGUGUCCAAAGGGCCACGGAGUCUCGAAACAUUUAAUCAAAUAGACUUGGACAGCGACAAGAAGCUCUCUAAAACUGAGAUCAAUCACUACCUGAAAAAGGAAUUUGAGAAGGAUGACAAGCCGCGAGACCAGUCGUACCAUGAUUCAGUUUUGGAAGAUAUUUUUAAGAAGAACGAUCAUGAUGGUGAUGGCUUCAUUUCAUCCAAGGAGUACAAUGUCUAUCAACACGACGAGCUAUAGCAGCAGGGCCUUGUGGGAAAAGUGUGGAUCUAGGAGUCAGGAGAGGUGGGUUGUAGUUCCACUUUUGCUACUGUUGACCCACUGUGUGACCUCAGACAAGUUAUUUAACCUCUCUGUACCUCAGUUUCCUCAGCUGUAAAAUGGGGGUAAUUUCCACCUCUUCCUGCUCCACAGUAAAGUUUUUGAGAAUUGUUCAAGCUAUCCAGUGCUACCAUGGUAAUGAGAUCUGUCAACACCCUACUCCCUUGAAACUGACAGCUAAUUUACCCUUUAAAUUUUCCCUUGAUAGAAUGAAGGAGGCGUUUUCAGCCCAUUUUAUAAUUAGUUGUGAAGCUCUUGGAGGGGAAGAAGUGCUCUACAAAUUCAAGGAUUAUUAUUAUUAUUAUUACAAGCUAUUUUCCAGACCACUCUCUUAACAUAGUUUAAAAGACAUAAAACAAAAUCAUCUUUCUCUGUAUUCUGCAUGACUUAUUUUCUAUGAGGAUUUUUUGAUACCUUUUAAAUAGAAUUUCUCUGAAAUAUUUGAAUAAAAUGUUUUGUAAACAAAGUGACAUUA